AUGUCUCAUUCUACAGGCAGCUCUAGCUCAAGUUCCAGCUCGACAAGCGAAGACGAAGUCCAUGUUGAAAUCGAUGAGCAAGCUUAUGAUCCGGGUGAAGAACUGAUGUUAUUGGUUCUUCAACAACACCAACAACUUAUGGAAGCAUAUCAGAGGAGGGACACGCGCAGAAGAAGGUUCGUCCAAAGAAAUCGUGAAGCUGGGCAUGAGAGACUCGUCAAUGAUUAUUUCUCUAUAACCCCGGUGUAUCACGAUGAAAUAUUUCGAAGACGAUUUCAAAUGCAAAGAGAGUUAUUCCUCCGCAUAGUGAAUGCAUUAGAAAAUCAUUCAGCAUUUUUUCAACAAAGGGAUGAUGUUGUACGAAGAAAAGGGUUGUCACCACUACAAAAAUGCACCGCUGCGUUUCGUCAACUGGCUUACGGAGUCCCCGCCAAUCAUCUUGACGAGUACCUACGUAUGGGUGAAUCAACUGCCAUCAGGUGUCUUUUCAAGUUCUGCGAAUACGUUGUUGAAAUAUUUGGUGAUAGGUACUUGAGAAGGCCAAAUGCUGAUGAUGUUCAACGUCUUCUUCAAAUGCAUGAUGAGAGACAUGACUUUCCUGGCAUGUUAGGUAGCCUUGAUUGUAUGCACUGGAAAUGGAAAAAAUUGUCCAGUUGCUUAGAAAGGUCAAUUUACAAGGGGACAUGGGUCACCAACAAUCGUACUUGA